CUCCAUGGUUUUGACAUUAGUGUAAGAUGGCGGUAUGUUUCAGUGGACGUGCGUGAACGGGUUAUCGCGAUAUUUCGUUGACUUUUGUUUUUUUCGUGAACAUUUUUGUAAAUAACGUGAGUGUUAAAAGGAUAAAUAAUGGAGGCUGGUGCAAGUGCCGGUGCUCGCACCUCGCGUUUCAUGAUGGAGGGGGUCGGUGCUCGUGUUAUUCGUGGGCCCGAAUGGAAAUGGGGCAAACAGGAUGGCGGAGAAGGACACGUUGGAACUGUGCGAAAUUUUGAAUCCCCUGAGGAAGUAGUUGUAGUGUGGGACAAUGGAACCGCAGCUAAUUAUCGAUGCUCUGGAGCAUUCGACCUUCGUAUCCUCGAUUCAGCAACCACAGGUGUUAAACACGAUGGCACAAUGUGUGACACUUGCAGACAGCAGCCGAUAUUUGGUAUUCGUUGGAAAUGUGCAGAAUGCAGCAAUUAUGAUCUCUGUUCUAUCUGUUAUCAUGGUGAUAAACAUCAUUUGAGACAUAGAUUUUAUCGUAUUGCGACUCCUGGCAGUGAGCGGGUCAUGCUGGAACCUAGAAGGAAAAGCAAAAAGAUCGCGAUCAGAGGCAUUUUCCCUGGUGCCAGAGUCGUUCGUGGUGUUGAUUGGCAGUGGGAAGAUCAAGACGGAGGUAAUGGUCGAAGAGGAAAAGUGAAUGAGAUACAGGAUUGGUCAGCUGCUAGUCCGCGUUCUGCAGCUUAUGUUAUUUGGGACAAUGGCUCAAAAAAUUUGUAUCGAGUCGGAUUUGAGGGAAUGGCUGAUUUAAAAGUAGUGAGCGAUGCAAAGGGGCAAACGGUUUAUCGUGAUCAUUUGCCUCUGUUGGGUGAACAAGGCCCCGGGCGCACAGGGCCUCACGGUCUCCAGAUCGGUGAUCAAGUAAACGUUGAUCUCGAGCUUGAAAUAGUUCAGUCUCUUCAGCACGGUCAUGGUAGCUGGACGGACGGAAUGUUUGAAUGCCUUGGAACGACCGGAAUCGUCGUCAGCAUCGACGAGGAUCACGACAUUGUAGUUUCGUAUCCAAGUGGCAAUCGUUGGACUUUCAAUCCUGCUGUACUUUCCAAAGUUCAAGUUCCAGUCACGGUGACGAACUCGAGUUCUGACAAUCAAAGAUUCGCUGUUGGCGAUUUAGUUCAGAUAUGCAAUGAUUUGGAGAAAAUAAAAUUGCUUCAGAGGGGCCAUGGCGAGUGGGCCGAAGCUAUGGCACCGACUCUGGGAAAAAUUGGUCGUGUUCAACAAAUUUAUCACGACGGUGACCUCAAGGUCGAAGUUUGUAGCACUUCUUGGACUUAUAAUCCUCAGGCUGUUAUAAAAGUUGCGAGUAGCGAUGGCAGUACUCCAGGCAUUAGCAGCGGUGAACGAUUGUCAGCAAUGUUGAAAAAGUUAUUUGAAACUCACGUGUCGAGUGACAUAAACGAAGAACUUGUGAAAAAUUCUGCCACCGGCGAUGCUGCGAAGUGCGAGGAAUGUCUGAAACGACCGGACGCCGAUGUCAACGGCUCGUUUGCCGGUCACACAGCGCUACAAGCUGCCAGUCACAAGGGCCAUCUUGAAGUGAUCAAAAUUUUAUUGCGCUUUAAAGCAGAUGUUGAAAUUGAGGAUGAGGAUGGCGAUCGCGCUGUACAUCAUGCAGCAUUUGGUGACGAGCCUGGAGUGAUGGCGCUUGUCGCAGGUGCUGGAGCUGAUUUGAACGCUCGCAAUAAAAGACGUCAGACAGCUCUGCACAUUGCGGUCAACAAAGGUCAUGCUGGCGUGGUUCGUACUCUCCUCGAAUUAGGCUGUCAUCCGAGUCUGCAGGACGCCGAAGGAGACACUCCUCUUCACGAUGCAAUAUCUAAGAAACGGGACGACAUGCUGGCUCUUUUGUUGGACCAUGGAGCAGACAUCACCCGCACCAACAACACUGGCUUCAACGCUCUUCACCACGCAGCUCUACGUGGAAAUCCAAGUGCGAUGAGAAUUUUGUUGUCGAAGCUUCCUCGACCGUGGAUCGUUGACGAGAAAAAGGACGACGGUUACACGGCUCUCCAUCUCGCAGCUCUGAACAACCACGUCGAAGUCGCCGAACUUCUGGCGGGCAUCGGUAAAGCUGAUUUGGAUUUGCAAAACGUUAAUCUGCAAACUGCUCUUCAUCUGGCGGUCGAACGUCAGCACACGCAAAUCGUCAGGCUGCUCGUGCGCGAAGGCGCCAACGUAAACGUUGCGGACAAAGACGGCGACACUCCCCUUCACGAGGCGCUUCGACACCACACGCUCUCGCAGCUGCGACAACUCCAGGAUGUCCAGGACGUCGGCCGCCUUCUCAUGGGCCUGGGAGCGCAGGGCCAGGACAAAAAGAGCAGCUCCUUCAUCGCCUGCUUCCUGGCGGCCCACGGCGCCGAUUUGGAACUCAAAAAUAAGAAGGGACAGACUCCGCUGAACCUUUGUCCGGAUCCGAACCUGUGCAAGACCCUGACGACUUGUCACAAGAACAAAGAAUCACACGACAUCGAGGCCCCCGCACCUUCCGCCGCGAUGGACGAGUGCCUCGUUUGCUCGGAUGGAAAACGGGAAAUGCUUUUCAGCCCAUGCGGACACGUCGCUUGUUGCAACCCGUGCGGACCCAGAGUCAAAAAAUGUCUCAUUUGUCGUGAAAAUGUAGUCUCGCGGGUGAAGAUCGAGGAGUGCGUGGUCUGUUCAGAUCGCAAAGCUGGAGUGCUCUUCCGUCCAUGCGGUCACAUGUGUGCAUGUGAGAGUUGCGCGACUCUGAUGAAGAAGUGUGUCCAAUGUCGUACCCAGAUUCAGCACAUGGUACCGAUGUCCAUCUGCUGCGGCGGAGGAGGUGAUGUUACUUACGUUAAGGGGUGUGAUGCCUCAGGUACGAUUUCCGAAGUGAAGGCUGAUCCCGAGGAAGAACCGGCUCCCGUGAAUACGGGAACUGGCGAAGCAGCUUUAAUGAACAACGGUAGCCGCGACACUUCGCACAGUGACAUACAAAAGUUACAGCAACAAUUGCAGGACAUCAAAGAACAGACAAUGUGCCCCGUUUGUUUGGAUCGACUGAAGAACAUGAUAUUUUUAUGCGGCCACGGUACGUGUCAGAUGUGCGGAGACCGGAUGUCCGAAUGUCCGAUAUGCCGAAAAGCAGUAGACAAGCGAAUUCUGCUCUACUAAAAAAAAAAAAGAAAUACAAAAAAAAAUUAAAAAAUUGAAAAACCAAGAAACAAAAAAGCGUGAAAAAAUAAUGAACGAUACAAAAAUGAAAGACUGCUUGCAAUUGACGAAUCCUAAUGAUAUUUCAGAUUUUUUGUCCCAAGGAUUUAAAUAGUACUGAGAUAUUUUUUUUUUUUUUUUUUUUUUUUUGUAUUAUUUCGAUGAAUCGAAUCAUUUCGAGUAAUGUUUAAUGGACAAAAGAGACGUGGAUCGUACGAUGACUUACUAAGUGCACGCACAGACUAAAGUCAAAAGACUCUUGGUCAUCGAUAACUUAUUAUUUGUACAAGUACUAUCGUUAGUACGAUAAUAAUAAUCAUUAUUGUUGUUAUUAUUAUUAUGAUUAAUAUUAUUAUAACAUUAUGUAAUAUAGUGUCUUUAGUUUGGAAUUUUGAGUCGUAGGCGUAACAACACUUUGGUACGAUCAUUUUCGAAGGUUGAUAUAUUUCGUCGCCACGUCAAAUGAUCGUCGCCUUAUGUUUGCAUUCGACUUGUUGCAAUAAAAUAUCAUCUAAUAAUAACCAAACAUUUCGUCUCUUACGAGAAAAAUACAAGUGAAUGCGAAUUACGAACGAGAAAUGAAUUUUCCAUGGUUUUUUACUGUUUUUCUAAGACCUCAGCAUCUUCUGUAAAUUUAAUAAUUUAACGUGAAAAUGAUGAGAUAAGUGAUAGAUUAUUUGAACAACUGAUCGCUUCAUUGAAAAAGAUAAAUUUCGGUUUUAAUCCGUUCCGAAAUGCGGAAUGUAUCUUCCCAAUAUCUUCGUUAAGUACUCGAUUGUUUCUUAUUUUUGUAUAGUUUAUGUCAAUUCGAAUUGCCAUUCUCGAAUUUGGAAAUGCUUGAAAUAGGAUUCGAGAUUAAAAUAAUUGUAUCGCUGUGUAUUAGGCCUGUCGCUCGUUUAGAACUUAUGACCCUGACAGUCGUCCUCGUAAAUUGAAAAUCAUUCCCAUCGAUCCAGCCACGAAUUUGCUCCGAUUAUUUGUGGUUUCUUCAUUUUUAUCCACUUGCCAUUUAGCUUGGUAAAUUGAUAGUUCAUCUUUUGAAAAUAUCCUUCAAAUAAAAUGUUCUCUAUACGAUUUUGGCUUGCGAAUAUUCUCAUCGGAUACGUAAAGUUUUGUGGAGCUUCAAAAAAAAACCUUUCGAAAAAUUCUACAUCAAUUGACUUGUUGUAAAUUUGUUUGCAAUAUGUAAAAUUGGAACGUUACAGAAAAAUGAUUUGUGAGUCGGGAAUAUAUGGCUGGUUUAUGAUGGAGCAACGGCAAUUAAGCGCUAGUGAUUUAAUCAACACUCUCGACAGAUUCUCGUGCAACGCGGUUUGUAAGCUGAACGUAUAAUAAAAAGAGGAAUCACUAGAGAGUUAUCAGUGUCGACGUAUCGCGUAUUUUGAUACAAAAUUAUGUCAGCGCUUGUGCAGGAAAAACUUGGCAUACCUUCGUUAUAUUUACGUCCUCACAUUUGUUAUUUUUUUUUUUUCAAAUUGUAUUAGGAUUGGAAGGAGUUAUUUUCACAACUGUCAAUCGACGUUGAGGAACUCAUGAAUUCUGCAUAUCGAUGCAUACCGAAAAAAGUGGAAAAAUCGAUGUUCUAACAAUAAUUCAAUCGACGAUUUUUUCACCUGAGAUUCACCGAUAAUAAUAGUGGGAGUUUUUUCUCAAGAGGCAUCGUCAAAUUUGCCUGGAAUUUGCGAUCCGCGUGAGAAAAGUUAAUCCGACUGGGCAAGCUCAUUUUAUCAUCACCACACGCUUAUCGUAAACUGCUACAAAAAGUUAGGGUAAACAUUUAAAAGUGCGGCUUUUUCAAAAGUCGGUGCAAGAAUUUUUUCUUCUUCUCGAAGUUUCCUAUCCCAAUGUGAACUCCAAAAUAUUCAAAUAUACCUUAUUUCAUCACUUUUUUCCAACAACUUAAAAACCCCAUAAUUCAUGGUUUUUAUGGAAAAUGUCAGCCUCCCCCGACGAAAUUUUAUUAGUUGUGACUGAUCGAGCAGUUCGUGUCAAAAAAAAAAAUUCUUGCAUCGAUUUUCGGAAAAGCCGCACUUCUGAAUAUUUACCAAAGUUAGUUUUAAGGUGAGAGAACUUAUAGAAACGCGACUUGAACACGCCUCAAUGUCUGUCCAAGAUAACACGAAGGUUGUGAGUCCAUUACAGCGCAAGAUGAAUUGAAAUUUUAUAAAAGCGUUAACACCCGUUGUCUGUGCUGCUCCCAAUAGCGUAUUCUUCAUGAAUGUUUAGCUAUAAUGAAAAAUGAGAAAAAACACAAAAACAAAAUCUGCGAAUUUUGUUCCGUUGCGAGCAACCAUUGAUUGUUUUCCUGUCAAAAUAAAACUGUUAGCCAAGCGCUGUAAUAAUUAACGAAUAAAUAAAAAAUACACCUGCAAAAAUAGAAAAA